AAGAUGUUCGUAAAGGACGUAGAAAUUAAUAUUGGUGCGGUGUUGAAGAAACUUUCUGAGAUAAUUACAGCUUGUGGUAAAAAACGUACGGACAAACGCGAGCAAAUAGAGCUUUUGCACGAGCUACAAUUGAUAGGCGACGUUCAUACUUUCGGCCCGGUUAUAAUCAUAAAGAUUAAGUUUUCCAUUGUGUCUUUUACAUUUGAUUACAAUCCAAAAGUUUCUGAUGCUAUAAAGCCGGAGUAUUGGUCGAAAAUAUUGGAGCGUAUUAUGGUAAUAGCGAAACAAUAAUGGAAGAAAUGCAAAAGUUUGAAAUGACGCUGUAUAAAAUAGAUGAUUGUGUGUUGACACUGGUGGAACGUUUCGAUGAGGAAUUCAUAAAGUUGUUGAAGGAAUGUGAUUUACACAGUAAUGAAUACGUGGAAAGAUAUAUCGAUGAAUUUAAUGUUCAAGAUCAAAUGGGACUAGUUAUUGCUU